AUGAAGUUCGCCGUCGCUUUUGCUGCCUUCUCUGCUGUGGCUGCCAACGCUGCCUCGCUCGGCAAGCGUCAAUCCUCUGCAUGUUACGGCGCUGUGAAGGGCAUGGUUGCCUACGAGCGUCCCUUCGUAUACCCUCUCUUCGAGGAAUGUAACUACGCUCUCGGCACCGAGCAGGCCAAGCAGAACCCUUGGACCAACAAGAUCUGCGUUGCAGCCGCGGUCGUCGCCAGCAUGCCGGUGCUGCACGACGGUCUCGAGUGCAGCGCGGACCCCGACAACUCCACCUCGAUCGUCCUUCCGCCCAUCUCGCAGUGGCCGAGCCUCGACUACAACGUCUACGCCGACAUUGUCGGCGAGUGCGCGUGGGCUCCCGACGGCUGCCCCAUCACGCAGCAGAGCUUCAUCGACCUCGUCUACGGCGCGAUCUCGCAGGAGACUCGCAACACCCCCUCCUACCCCGACUCCGCCGAGACGCUCAUCAAGUACUACCUCACUCCCGUGUUCAACUGGACGGCGUUCUCCACCGACGCCGGUAUCCCGUACCUCAACUUCAACGAUUGGCUUCACUACUCCGGUGAUAUCGACCAUUGCCUCCCGGACUUGGGCCAGGACUGUUGA